AUGCCCAAGCCGGUAACCAAGAAGCACCUGACUCCUCAGGAGAUCAUGGAGAUAUGUGCGUGCCUGAGGAACAUGAGGGGUCAGGGAACCCUGACAGAGAAGGAAACGCUUCUGGUUUUGCAUGUGUACAUGCAGUUGAAAUUGGCACACUUGGAGAACCGGAGGAAGUCCAAGGGCAAGCGCUCGAAUGGCCAGGUCGAUGAACGUGCUGCUAAGCAGUUGGGGGUUGGCCUCAGCACUGUGCGUCGGAAGUAUGCAAUGCUCAACAAGCUGUUGCAAGAGCACGGCAUAGAUGGCCUUAAGACACUUUCUGUUGAGAACCGCCGUGGCAAGGCGACACGGCUGCCGACACGUGUGCCCACGACAAAACGUGUGCUCAGGCAGGUUCGCGAUCACGUGCGCAUGCAGAGAGAAGGUGGACACCGCAUCACGGCCGUACAGGUGCUUGACUUCCUACGCAAGCACAGGCAUGUGGACGUGCGACCUUCGUUUGCUGGCGAUGGUGACGACGAACUGGACAGGGCGGCGGCUCUGCGGGCAGUGCAGCGGUUUCUUCGUCGUGCGGGCUACCUUCGCGGCAACAAGCACGUUGUUCAAGAGAACCCGAGGCACAAGCAGCUGCUCGCGAAGUAUCUGAAGGAGUUUGAUGCAAACAGGAGGUUGCCACCUGACGAGCGCCUCAGAGAGGUGUAUCUCGAUGAAUCAUACAUUGACAGGAACUACAACAGGAACAGAGACUCCCUGUAUGACCCCAACGACGGUCAAGACAUGCACAGUCAUCGCAAGAUCAAGCGGGGUCGGCGCUACUGCUUUGCCCUCGCAGUUCAGGGCCCGGAUCCGCGCGUGUGCACCGUCAGUGACCGCAACGACCGCGCCCUCGCCGGUCCUGUUCCAGGCACGAGCUGGAUCUUCGACCCUGGCAGCGCACUGCAGCGUGAGCGGCGACAACAACGACAACAACAACAACAACAACAACAACAACAACAACAACAACAACAACAACAACAACAACAACAACAACAACAACAACAACAACAACAACAACAACAACAACAGCAGCAGCAGCAGCAGCAGCAGCAGCAAGCACCACCACCUCCUCCUCCGCCACCAUCAUCGUCACUUCAACCGCCACCGCCGCCAUCAUCAUCACCACCACCACCACCGGCGUGUCUGCCUCCAUUCCCCCUGCGAAUUCCUCAGACUGACGGUGCAGGCGAUGAGGAGCAGCCACAAGCAUCGCAGUCAUCAGGGGGCGAGUGCAGCCGGUGCAAGCAGCCAGGGCACACGCGGAAGAAGUGCCCCGUCGUUGAAGAAAGACCGGGCCUCAACAGACACUGA